AUUCUUACCUCCCCACCCCCACUAUCUUCCUACCUCCCCCUCCAUCCUUUCAGGCCGUCAAUCUCUUCAUCCUCUUGGUUUCCUUCUCUCUCUCCUCUUUCAUCACCCUGUCCAUAUUCCUCUUCCUUGCUCUGCCUCCUCCCUUUUUUUAAUUCCUUAACUAAGGAUCCUGGAUGUUCCUGGCCCCAGUUGCUCUUGGCCUCCAUCCCUGAGUGGCCUGAGAUAGGCCUGUCACCCUAUCUAGUCAGGUCCUCUUAGGCAUCCCCGGCCCGCUGAUUCAAAUACGGGCAGGGGUGCCGGGCCAUAAGCAUCAAGACGAUGUGGUGUCCCUGACCCAGGUAGAGAUUCACCUGCCCGCCCCGCUCGCCGCAGCCCCCUCCCCCUUCCCAGGCUGCCUCGCUCAGUGACGUCAACACCCGGUCCCGCAGCCUGACACCCGCACCCGGAUCCCGCGCUGCGCACGCUCAGCCAUGGCUGCGGUAGCGUUGCCGCUGUUGUUGUUGUUGGCGUCACCGGCCACCCCAACCCCAGCGCGCGACCCCUUCUCUCCGCAGCUCGGGGACACUCAGAGGUGCCAGCAGCGGUGUCGGCAGCGUCACCCUGGCUUGCCCCCUGCGCAGGAAGUGAUUAAUUGGUACCCAGGAAGGGAUGAAUUGGCACCUGGGGUGAACACUCCUGAGCCAGAGGGCCCCUCUGAGUCCCCGAAUAACAAGGCCGUCCUGAUCAACGCUUGUGAGCGGGGCUGUCGGCUUUUCUCCAUCUGCCGCUUCGUGGCCAGGAGCUCUAGGCCCAAUGCCACAGAGACAGAAUGUGAAGCAGCCUGCACCGAGGCUUACGUGAAGGCAAAGGAGCAGCAGGCCUGCAGUGAAGGGUGUUGGGGCCAGAUCCCUGAACCUGAGACCCAGCUGGAGCAGAAGGAAUUGGCUUUGGACCCACCUAGUGGGAGCCUCUCCCUGCGGCACCUGUUCACCAUGCUCUGCAGUGACCUUAUGAGUUCUGCCCAAGAUUUAAUAUCCUCCACCUGGACAUACUCCCUUCAGACAGACAACCGGAAGGUGGUGGUGUUCCAGACCCAGCCUGUGGUUGAGAACUUUGCAUUCCAAGGGAGCCGUCUGCAGCGGGUGGAGGUGACCUGGAGGGGGUCCCACCCCAAGGCCCUAGAGGUGCACAUGGACCCUAUGAGCCCCUUGGAGAAAGUGAGGAGGGCGAAGCCCCACCUGAAGACCAGCAAAGCCAAGGUGGAGUCUGAGGACCAACAGGAGAGUGACUUCCUCAGUUGCAUGUCCAGGCGUUCCGGGCUACCUCGAUGGGUCCUGUUCUGUUGCCUCUUCCUCUCCGUCCUGAUCAUCCUGUGGCUGAGUUGCUGCACUCUGGUCACCACACCAGGCCAGCACCUCAAGUUCCAGCCUCUAACUGCAGAACAGCACAAAGGCCUCCUGGUGGAGUCAAACUGGCCCUUGUACCCACCCCUGCCACCUGCUUAUGAGGACAGCCCCCCGCCUUACAAGUUGAAGCUUGAUUUGACCACGCUGUAAUCUCGCCUUUUUCCAAGUACAAGGGCCUCGCCACAUUCACUUACUCUGUACCCUAAAGUCCAAGGUCAGGGUGGAGUCUUACCUCCCUCUCUUGCUAGCACAUCCCUCGGUUCCCUUGAGACAAACGAACCUAAGUGGCAGGGAGAAGGGGAUCUGGCCUCCCCGCCCCGUCUUGCUUUCCCAGGGCUGGUUCACAUGUUCUAACUAUGGAACUUCAUCCAUGUUGCUUUCUUUUUCUUCCUCUGUGUCCUCACUGUGGGCCUGAGGUCUUAGGGGUUCCCCUCUGCUAAGGUUCUUUCUCUUUAUCUCUGGAAACCCAAGGCAGAUGGUGGGAACUCCAUCCCAAGAAGGGGAUAAGGAGACAUGAACCUUUAAAUAAAGUGAAUAAAGAUA